CAGAAAACGUUAUUCCCUUUGUUUUUAAAUACUUGCUUUCAUUUUUGAGAGUUUUUAUAAACUUGCUCUAUUUCCUUAUUUGGAAAGUUUUACAAUAUUUAAUUCAUUUCUUUUAACUUUUUUUUUUUGAGGAAAUUCAUUUCUUUUAACUAAUGGACCCAACAUAAGUUUUUUUUUUUUUUUUUUUUUUUUAGGACAAUGGACCCAAUAUAAGUCAUAUUGCCUUUUAUUUUUUAUUUUUUUUCCUAAUUUUUAAUUUUUCACCUAACCCACUACCUCCAUAUUUUAUUAUUUUAUCUAAUUUUUUCAAAAACUCUACAUGUAGAGAAAUGAAUCAACUAUUUAAAAAUGGAGAGAGUAUUGAUUUGAAACAUCUUUAAAACAAAAAUCAGAAAUUAAUUAAAGUAGAAGUAAUUAGUUGAGUAUUAAGUCAGUCUUCUCUCUCAACUGUCUAGUCUGACUAUUGUAUCUUACUUCACAAGUGCUCUAGAGUCUAGACUAGAGACUCCCCUUUAUCUCUCUACUUUCUCACACUAAAACACAUCUUUCUGUCUACCGUUGCAGUGUGCAUUUACCUGCAAAAGUUAUAAAAGAACCCACACACCCCCAUCUGCCACACACAAUGACACAAAACUUGUAAAAAAACCCCCAAAAAUCUAACUCAAUUAACAAACAAACACCCCCACCAAUUACCAUAAAUUCAGCUGAUUUUACAACUUCUAAACUCUUUCCUCCUCUUCUCUCUCUUUCUCUUUCUACUUUCUCUCUCUACAUGGACUUCAUUCUGAAGCAAUGGAGAGAUCAGCAGCAGCAGCAUGAGUCAGAGGAUGAACAUCAGCAAAACUCUGCCAAAAUCCCAAAAUAUUUGCUCCUUGAUUCUCCCCAACAACAUCACCACCACCAACACCAGCAACAACAACAAGAAGUUGCUGCUCUUCCUUUGUUUGUGUCUUCUGAAUCCCAAGACAAUAAAAUCACAAACACCCAUUUGUCUGUUUACCCUGAUCACCAUUCUUCUACUCCUCCCACUGCAAUUCCCACCAGAUUUCCAAGGUCCGGAGGAAGGUAUUCAUUCAGCUUAGCACAAUGGCAAGAAUUAGAGCUACAAGCACUAAUAUACAGACACAUGGUUGCUGGUGCAUCUGUUCCUGCUGAACUUCUUCAACUGGUUAAGAAGAGCCUCUUUACUUCCUCUAAUGCACCUUAUUAUCUCCAUCAUUACUCACCUCAUUUUCAGCCUGCUGCUGCUUUGCUGCAAGCAGGGUAUUGGGGAAAAGGAGCAAUGGAUCCGGAACCGGGGCGGUGUAGGAGAACAGAUGGGAAGAAAUGGAGGUGUUCAAGGGAUGUGGUAGCUGGUCACAAGUAUUGCGAGCGCCACAUGCACCGUGGCCGCAAUCGUUCAAGAAAGCCUGUGGAAUUUCCUGCUGCUGCUACUGCUACUGCUUCUGUUUCUGCUAGUAAUGCUCUUGUUGGAUCACUGAAUAAGCCUUCUGCUGCUGCUACUGCCUUUGCUGCUGGAUCUGCUGGUGCAGAAACUCGGUUUUCGCUCUCUAGAUCAGGGGCUUCGUCUCUUGAUGCCUUCCACCUUAAUCCAGGGUCAUCUGACAACAAAGCUCUAUUUGGACCUCAACAUGAAUCAUCAUCAGCAUCUGGGGAUGGUGGAAAAUCUAAUGCUAAUAGCAGCAAGGUGUUAAUGCAAUUCUUUGACGACUGGCCAAGAUCUGACAAUGGCGAAGGAAACAAUCUUUCAUCAUCGACAGGACUUUCAAUAUCAACACCGGGAAACCCAACAUCGGAUUUCCUGAGGUUGUCAACCGGGAAUGGCGAUGAGCAGGGUCUGAGGGAUAGUUAUGGGAAUGACGAGAGAGAACGAGCUCACCAAUUGAAUUGGAGUGCCGGUGGGUGGGGAGCAAAUCCUGUGGCUUCAAUGGGAGGUCCAUUAGCUGAAGCCUUGAGAUCAUCAAGCAACUCAUCUCCCACUAGUGUUUUACAUCAGCUACCUCGUUGCUCUGCUCCUGACACUAACUUUGUCAGUGCCUGAAGAUGAUCCAGAUUUCAUUUUUUUUUUUCUUUUUUUAAUUUUCUGGAGAAUAAAAAUAAAGAGUUCUUUGAAUUUUAUGCAUAAUCUAUUGGUCUUUUAUUUCCCCAUCUUGUAUGUUUAGGACAGUACAACACUAAACUUACCCCACAAGACAUAAACUGCAGCCUGCAGGUGUGUAAGCUGCUGUUUUGGCUCUUGUAUGAUGUAGCAGAGUUCGCCACAUCUGUAUUUAUUAUCUGCAUCAUACCAUUUUAAUUUCACCUGAGUACAUUUUAGUGUCAUCUAUGAAAGAUUAAGAAAUCACAAA